CUGGUUGCAGUUUUUUCUAAGCUUCUUUUUGUCUUCAUUAUAAUCUGCUUACUUUUGGUCAGCUACUAUGGUUGAAUUUAUUGAUGAAUUGCCCUGUUUUGUUUUGGUAGUUGGGUGGUAAUUCAUCAUUGAUCUCGAGAGAAUUUAUGGUGAAUCAGUAUUAGAAGCACCAAUUGUUGGAAAUAAGUUGUCAUUCUGGUUUCUGUUAUUUUGGCUUAAAGUUGGGAUUAUCUGUAAAUAAACAGAUGGGAGAGCCCAUUGCUGUGGCCUCUGGUGCUACUCUUGAAGUAUCGGUUUCCUUUGGUAGAUUUGAGAAUGAUUCACUUUCUUGGGAGAAAUGGUCAUCUUUCUCUCCAAAUAAGUACUUGGAAGAAGUUGAGAAAUGCUCAACACACGGAUCGGUAGCUCAGAAAAGAGCUUAUUUUGAAGCACACUACAAGAAGAUUGCUGCUCGGAAGGCCGAGCUACUGGAGCCGGAGAAGACAGUGGAAACUGAACCUUCAAGAUCAGAUGAUCCAAAUUGCAAAGAUCUUAUUAUGGAAAAUACUUCAGGGAUUGGUACUGAUUUCAGAAUUUCCAAUGGUCUGAGCCCUACAGAAAGGGCUGCUGUACCAAAAGAAGAUGCUGUUAUUGCCUUGGAGUGUCAAAAUUCAUUGGUUGAGGAAGCCAAGGAAGAAUUAGAUGGCAAAGUAGAUGGUCCUGCAUCAAAUGGCUCAGAAGAAGGUGCUUUGGAUAAUGAAGAGACCCUCCCAAAGGGGUCUCUGGAUGUGGUGGAACAGCCUCCAAAAGUGGGAUCUGUGGAUUUGGUGGAAAUGCCUCCAAGAGUGGAAUCUUUGGAUGUGGUGGAGCAGCCUCCAAAAAUAGACAAUGAGACAGUAAACAACCAGGAAAAUAAAGUGGAGAAUCCAAAAUUGGAUGCACAGAAUACAUCUCAAAAGAAUGCUUCAAUCAGAAAGGAGCAGAAUUUGGUGGGGACAAGGAAGAAACCGAUAUCACCCUUACCCAAACCACGACAACUUUCCACUCCUAAAGUAUCAAAGCCGAUGUCAACUUCCACUGCGGUGUCUGCAUCUCGAUCUUCAACAAAGAAGGAAAAUGCUUUAUUACUAUCGAGGAGCAAGAAUCCGUCUGUAGGACAAAGCAACAGAGCUGCUCCUAAAUCCCUGCACAUGUCUCUCAGCUUGGGUCCUGCAAAUUCUGAUUCAGCUUCUCUUACUGUCAUCACUACAGCCAGAAAGUCUUUAAUUAUGGAGAAAAUGGGAGACAAGGAUAUUGUCAAACGAGCAUUUAAGACAUUCCAGAAUAAUUUCAACCAAUUAAGAACUUCCAGUGAUGCAAAAUCUUGUGGAUCAAAUAAGGUGUCAACUGGGGGAUUAGAGAAAAAAGUUUCGACUUCCAUCACUCCUAGAAAAGAGAAUGAAGGAAUGAGGAAGGCAGCAGAGAAAAUGAAUGCUCAGAGAGGAUUUGUGAGCACAAAAACGAACUCUAUCUCAUCAGGGCCACUGAAAGCAACUUGUGUGGAUGGAAGAAAUGUGAAGGCUGCCGUCAGAAGUGAAGAAAGAGCUGAAAAACAAAAAGAGUUUUUUAAGAAGCUGGAGGAAAAAUCCCAUGCUAAAGGGUCGGAAAAAACACGCCUUCGUUCGAAAUUAAAGGAGGAAAAGGACGCUGAGAUCAGCAAGCUUAGACAGAGUCUCAAUUUCAAAGCCUCACCCAUGCCAGGUUUUUAUCAGGGACAAGAGAUAUCGAAGAGUUGCUUAGAAAAAGGGUCCCAAAAUUGAGGUCUGUCGUUGACCUGAGUCACAUAGGUGAAAAGUUGGUGCAGUUUAGUGAAAUUACUAACUUUGAUCAUAGAUUGGAAUCGAGGCGCAAGUACAGUCUUUGGUGGAGAAAGAAACUAAUGGGCGAGGAAGACCCAUGCAAAGAAGAGAUUUCUUCUUUGGUAAGGACACAUCCCAUAAUAUUAUUGCUUAUCCAAGAUGGAGACAGUUCAGGACUCGGGCUGUAUUUCUGAAAUGCCAUAGCAGACAACCAGUAUGGUGUAUCCUAUUGUUUUGUUGAGAUUUCUUUAUCACUUUCCGGAGAUAAAAUAAGAGGUUGGGGCUCUCCGCGAUCAGAUAUCAGCAAAGUACUCUCCUGGUGGUGCUCCUCCCUCUCAAGAGCCAUAUUAUACUUGGGAAACGAAGUGUUGUGGUAAUGUAUGUGCACGAUAUAGUCAAUAGUUAAACAUUAUGACAGGCUUGGAAUUUCUGCAAUUACAAAGUGAUAUGUUGUUAUUUUUAGACAUGGUUCUUGUUAAGUUGUAUAUGUUGCUCUUUUGGGCAUUGUUUCACAGAACUCUGAUUAGACAGAAUGUUUGUGAUCAUGACACCAAUGGAUCGUCCAGCAUCAUGCCUACCUUUGAUUAGUUAUAUUGAAAUGUAUCCGUA